CCCCACCCCCCAUGGCUGUGGAGGAGCUGGGCAUCACCUUGUCCAUGGUGGGCCUAACAGGCACCAUCCUGAUCUGCGCCCUGCCCAUGUGGAAGGUCACAGCGUUCAUCGGCACCCACCUGGUGGUCAUGCAGGUGUUCUGGGAGGGCCUGUGGAUGACCUGUGUGUCUGAAACCACGGGACAGAUGCAGUGUAAGAUCUACGACGCUCUUCUAGACCUGUCCCCUGACCUCCAGGCGGCCCGGGGCCUCAUUGUCAUCAGCAUGGUACUGGGCUGCCUGGCGUUCCUCGUCUUCCUCCUGGGGGCUAGGUGUACCAACUGCCUGAGCCAUCCCAGGGUCAAAGCCUGCAUGGUGCAGGCCGCAGGGAUCACCUUUACCCUGGCUGGGUUAAGCAUCAUAGUGGCUGUGUCCUGGACAGCCCAGUCUAUCAUUAGGGACUUCUAUAAUCCGCGGGUCCCUGAGGUGCUGAAGAAGGAGAUGGGGGCGGCCAUCUAUGUGGGCUGGGUGACCUCUGGGUUCCUGUUCUGUGGAGGAGGGGUGCUGUGUACCAGAUGUCCUCCAGGGGGGAGAGAGGGCAGGCAUGGUUCCAGCAAUAGGUACACCCUGGCUAGGAUGCCCACUCACACUCACAGCAGCUACGCCAUAAAGAACUAUGUGUGAGAGGAGAGUGCUUUAUUUGCCUGUUAACUUCAGGUAAAUCAUGCAGGUGUUGGCACUCUGAAGAGACAUGUCACAGCAUGUUUUUCCCUCUUUUGAACAUUGCAUGUGCAUGUCUGGUCGUUCAGUGUAUUGUCUGACUUUGAUGCAUUUAAAAUUGCCCUGGAACUAUUUGAUACAGUAGCUUUGGUGGAAGUUAUUAAAAAUAAGAUCAUAUUAGUUAAAUAUUGUUAUAAAAUAAGUCUGGCUUAGGUAAUUGUAGAUAUUCAAAUGUUCACUAUCCCCAUGAAAAAUGUUUGUUGAGGAAAUAUCUGUUAUUGAAAUAUAAUCACUGAAAAUCAACAGGUUACUGUUAUUGACAGUACAAGUACGUCCACUGAUUGAACCUGAUUGUUUUUACAUCCCUGUGUUGUAAUUCACAUCAUUUCAUUUUUUACAUCCUAUUAAACUGUGGUUAUUUCUUGUAAUGUGUUUUAGGAACAAUGUUUUUCACAUUUGACUUUGUGACUAGAAUCUGCUUUAAAAGAAAAUAGAUGCAGCAUUUUAGAGGGCAGCAAAUCAUGUUCUUUGAAUGAUUUGCGAUUUGAACCGAAUAUAAAUAAACAUUUUGAUCCUAAA